AUGCUGCGAGUGCAGAUCUUUGUGUUACUGGUGCUGUCCGCGGGAUUUGCUGCAAGUGUGGCACAAGGGCUGGCCCAGACGCAGCUGAAUUCGAUUGUCGAAAGAGUUUUCACACGCAAACGAAGAGCUGUGCUGUUUCCGCCCGGUUCGUUUCUGAAAUUCACCUGCAACUUGGCCACAGGACUGCUCGCCACGUAUCCGCGUGGCAUCACCUUUGUGCUGGAGGAAGCUGUCUACUUUCCCGUGCCAGGCUCAGUAAAUGAUCUAUAUCCCAAGCGUUAUUUGCCGAAGACAACGAAGAAACCCGAGCAACUAGCCGAUUCGUAUGUGUAUAUACCCGGCACCGAUUGGCGUUUCAAGGCCCAGACCUUGCCCCAGCCCAAGUGGCGACAAUCACCGCCCAAGACGCAUCGCAUCGAUGACGAAAGCUACGCCAAUCCAGCCAAGUGGCAGCAGUGGAACGAAUAUGCCACGCAGCAGCAACAAAAGUGGCAGAAAUGGAUAACACCAGCACCCAAAUGGAGUGCUUGGCAGUCGCAUCAGUAUCCUGGCCAUAGAGAUCGCAGGGAUCUGUUUGAACGCUUCAACAAACUGAGUUCGCUGCUUAACCUGGACAUAAAGGCCUGCAUAUUGCGCACCAUGUGCGACAGCAAACGCCUGCUGCUGCCGCCUGGAUACUCCAUGCUGCAGGAUAUGCUGCGCGUCGUUUUCACCAUGCCUCGUUUGGAUGGCCUGGAGGAUGAAUACAGUCGCCUAAUGGAUCAAGCUGCCGAUGGCUGUGCUGCCGAAUUAAAAACUAAAUGUAAUAUGAAUUUGUUAAUAUGGCUGCUGAGCGGCAGAGUAGAAUAA